GUUUUAACCGGUGCUGGACUAGUACAGGCAUGGGAGAAGUGUUCAUAGCUCCGAUAUAUGAAUCACCGUGGGUCUGUGGAGUAAAGAGAAGGAUGCUGUCCACGUUGACACUGGUUGCGACUUGAACUUCUAUACAUGCUUUGUACCUUGAUGCUUGCAAGAUCAUAAGAUCGAGAAACUGUGCAUAGGCGCAUGAUAGCGGAAGCUAAUCAUUUUGAUCUGGGCAAAGAUCAUCUGGACAAGAUCAGAGUCUACUCGGAUCUUAGUAACUACUAGCGGUUAUUGUACCCCGGGGACUGAGUCAGUUUCAAUUCAUUAUUUAGCUUUGCGUUCUCCAUUUGAACAGAGCUCCCAAUUGAUCUUGACUUCCUUCCUGCAGCACCAUCCAACAUUAUGGCCGCUGUUUUACGCACACCAGCUACGCAGUCAACUGUCCUCACCGCCCAACACAUGCCACCCUCGUCAACCUCGAGAGCAAGUAAUUCUUCUUGCUCGCACACGCACAGCGCCACUGGCAGUGUCCCAAUGCGUCGCAUUAGAUUCGCACCCCUGCCUGAGCCCACCGCUCAAGAUGACAAUUCAAAAAAAAAUGACAUCAUGGACACCCACUCGCGCACACACCCUCCACUGUCCUCCAACACCGUCAACGUCCAACGCAGUGCACCCUCCGAUCCAAAACCAAAGCCAUCCCUUUCCCGCCAAUUCAACUUGUUCAAACGCUCUUCCAUUGACCCAACCCCCCAUCAUCCUCAACCAUAUGACUUCGGUGCCCCACUCUCCCAAUCCGCGUCCAUCCCCUCUAAUGACAGUCAACCAAGAUAUCUCUCCACCGCCCCCUCCUCAUCUAGCUCCCAAACCCGUUCAUCCACUAACUCCCUCGCCUCAGGUGGCGACCACCAUGCAAUGCCCCAAAACCACUUCCCCAGCACCAGCCCCUCCCACCCCACCUCACCCCCAACGCACCCAAAAGUCCCUACAACUGGUAGGCACAUGCUUAACGGACGAGUCUACCGUUCAAAACGCCAACCGCUCACAAACCUCUCUGCCAACGUGCAUGAUGAACCCGAGUUUGUGGAAUGGGGGUACGGCGGCAUGGGCAGCGUCAACUGCAGUGGCGAUUCAAAGUAUUCCGUCCUCGCCAAAGGUACCCCUGCCCUGCUUUCCCACGGUCACGUCCAGAAGGUUGUCGUCGGUGGGGGCCAUGAUGAUGCUGCGAGGCAAAGGAAGGAUGGCGUGGGUGCAUCUGAUCCAGCAGGAGGCGAUGGCGAUGAUUGGAGUGGCAUGGCAUGGGUUCGCAAGCGGCGACAAGAGAGAGAACGGCUCGCGAGAGGCAAUACGUGCUAGCGCAGAGCAGCAAGAGCAAGCAUGUGGAGGUGAUGCACAAUAGGCCCAUCACCUCAGAGAAUCCACUGGAGUUACUAACCUAUAUCAUGAGAUUUAUUAUUUAAAAGGUCAUACUUGGAAAACGGCUCAAAAAGCCUAACUUACCUCAGGAUGAGGGUUGUAGUCAUAGCAAAGGUCUGACCUGUUAUAGUAUUUGUUGUUUAUGGAUCGUAAUGAAUACGCCUAUAUGUUAUUGGCGGCGGGACCCCGAAUGAACACUGUCAGAGUGUACACUCGACUUGAAGACCUGUUCUAACUUCUUAAUUGACCGACAGGUCCCCAAAUGAAGUGUACACCCUGAUCGACUAGGAUUCCCCGACUUCCACUGGCACGUUCAAGUUAC